GAUAACCCGUGUGACCAGUGGAGGCCACCAGAGCUAGCCGCACAGCCUCAUCUCUAGGCAGCGUCGCCUCGCUCUGAAUCCGGCCGACCACCGCUCCAAGAUUGCGUAAGAUGAAUAUGGAUCAAGAUGUUCUAGUAGAUGGAGACUUCCCCCUCUUCUCCAAACCCUCCAAACGCUCCAAACUGACCCCCAAAACCACCACCGCCACCCAAAUCCAUGAGGUGAAUACCUCCCAUAUGGAAAAAUCGUCUGACCUUGACCAUGAUACUGCCACCACCGCCACAUUUGCUGAUCUUGGCCUUGCUGAGUGGGCGGUGCAGACCUGCAAAGAGCUAGGAAUGCACAAGCCCACCCCAGUGCAAUCCCACUGUAUACCGAAAAUCUUUGAAGGCCGCGAUGUGCUCGGCCUUGCUCAAACUGGGAGUGGCAAGACUGCUGCUUUUGCUUUACCUAUCCUGCAAGGCCUUGCUGAGAACCCCUUUGGGGUCUUUGCACUGGUGGUGACACCAACUAGGGAGCUCGCAUACCAAUUGGCGGAGCAGUUUAGGGCGCUUGGGUCGUGCUUGCAUUUGCGUUGUGUAGUGGUGGUUGGAGGAAUGGACACGUUGAAUCAGGCGCAGAGUUUGAUGGCGAGGCCGCAUGUGGUGAUUGCAACUCCAGGGAGGAUCAAAGUGUUGCUGGAAGAGAAUCCUGACAUUCCUCCUGUGUUCUCCAAGACGAGGUUCCUAGUUUUGGAUGAAGCAGAUAGAGUUUUGGAUGUUGGCUUUGAAGAGGAGUUGAGGGUUGUCUUUCAGCGCUUGCCAAAAAAUCGCCAGACUCUAUUGUUCUCUGCAACAAUGACAAGUAACCUGGAAACACUGCUUGAGCUUUCUGCAAAUAAGGCAUACUUCUACGAGGCAUAUGAAGGCUUUAAGACAGUUGACACUCUUAAACAACAAUAUGUUUUUGUUCCAAAAAAUGUGAAGGACGUUUAUCUGAUGCACAUUCUGUCGAAACUGGAAGAUAUGGGUAUUCGGUCAGCCAUCAUAUUUGUCUCCACCUGCAGAAGUUGUCAUCUUUUGAAUUUAUUACUGGAAGAGCUUGAUCAGGAAGCCGCAGCACUGUAUUCUUUUAAAUCACAAUCUUUAAGGCUUGCUGCCCUACAUCGAUUCAAAUCUGGACAAGCCCCUGUAUUGCUUGCGACUGAUGUUGCCAGUCGUGGUUUGGAUAUUCCAACAGUUGAUCUUGUUAUAAAUUACGAUAUUCCAAGGUAUGCGAGAGAUUAUAUUCAUCGUGUGGGGCGUACUGCAAGAGCCGGCAGAGGAGGGCUGGCUGUGAGCUUUGUUACCCAGAAUGAUGUUGAUCUCCUUCAUGAAAUAGAAGCUACUGUUGGAAAACAGUUGGAAAAGUUCGAGUGUAAAGAGAAUGAGGUGCUGUCUGAUAUUACAAAGGUUUUUAACGCCAGACGUGUGGCAGCUAUGAAAAUGAUGGAUGAUGGCUUUGAGGAGAAAGCAAAAGAACGUAAGAAACAGAAAUUGAACACUCUAGCAGAUAAAGGAUUAUUGAAGAAAAGGAGUAAAAAGAAAAGAAAAAAGGUGAUAAAAUCUGCUAAAUAGGUCCAUAAUAUAGCGUUCUAUUGGUUUCAAAUCUUUGAGUUCUCGCAUUAUUAGUUACUGAUCAAUAACUAUAUGUCAUUAAGUUAAAUUACUGGAUAAAAAAUGUAUGUAAUUUAGUUACCAAUUAUUAUUUAAAAUUAGAAGACUCUUUGUUUUCAUAA